UACACAGGAAGUAACGUUACAGCUACAAACAGUUGUUUGGCUAGUUAGCGAGUUAGCACGGCAGAUACAAUCUCUGACCCACGCUUAAACAAAGAUUGUAUAAAUUGAUAUAGAAACACUGGGAACGUGUGACAGAUUGUUAUGUUGGUGCUCUUUUAAUAAUAAUCAAUGAAAUGUCCAGCAAAAAGAGAAGUCGACACAGGGAGAGCAGCACAGACCGCAAGAAACACAAGGAAUCCAAAGAUGACCUGGAGAAGCUCAAGGUUCAGACCAAGAAACUCAGCCAAGAAGUGCAGAAGCUGAAGCACAUCGAGACGUUCUACGAAAAACCGCCUCCCGGACUAAUAAAGGAGAGGGAAGAGAAACCAGAGGAUUGCAUCCCUGAAUCAGAGGAAAAUGAAGAUGCCAGGAACUUCCUGGCAAGUGCUCCGACGAAGGGGCUGUGGAUGCCCCUUGGGAAGGAGGUGAAGGUGAUGCAGUGCUGGAGAUGCAAGCGCUACGGCCACAGGACUGGAGAUCGCGAGUGUCCCUUCUUCACAAAAGGGAAUCAAAAACUGGAGCAGUUCAGAGUGGCACAUGAGGACCCGAUGUACGACCUGAUCCGAGAAAACAAGAGGAAUGAAAAGGAAUCUAGGAUCCAGCAACUUCAGCAGCUGCUCCAGGACACCACCUCCUCCGACUCGGACAGCUCCUCCUCCUCCUCCUCCUCCUCAUCCAAGCAGCACCACAGCAGCAAGAAGAAGAAGAAAGACAAGGAGAAGAAAAAGGAGAAGAAGAAGAAGGGAAAGGCCGACAAGAAGCCUAAGAAGAAGAAGAGGCGAACACAAUCCCACAAGUCCUCCCGGACCGGGGGCUCUGACUGACCCCUGUAGACCCCUGCGCUGUGUGAUCUCCAGGGAGCGGCACAGAGACUUUGGUUGGCAUGCGGCCCGCCCGCGGUGUCCACGGCAACAGGGGGAGGCUGUGAUGCUGGCAUUGAGGGGCCCGCCGCAGCAGCCCCCGCCGCCUGCGUUGUGACUAACCCCCACUCCCCCCCCCACCCGGCGGCCCUGACCCUCUGAUAGAAUAAUCUAUGGAGGUUAAAUCACUCGGCUUCAUUUCAUUUUGAUCCAGCGUUUGAAUCCCCUUGACAUUCUCUUUAUUGGGUCACAAGCUACAGGGUGAUAAACAACUGCGUGUGCGUGUGCGCGUGUGUGUGUGUGUGUGUGUGUGGUCCUUCCAGUAGUGUCAAAGUGCACUAAUUGCAUGGCUUCUGAGUUGAGUCAGCCCGCUCUGUACGUAAUGUAAAGGAUCUUUCCUUUUUGGUCUUUGGGAGGAAAAUUAGUUGGCGAAUGCAGCAUGUCAUUAUCCGAUUGUAUUUUCAUUGAAUUGGCAUUUUUCUUCGGUGCCGUUUUGCUGGAAGGAAGGAUGCUAACCAUAGGAUUGUACAACAUGGUUGUUGGUUUGCCUUAUUUUAUAGUUCUUUGACAAAAGCAGAUGUUAAAGCCAACACAUGCAGGAAUGUUAAUGCUUUUGACUUUUGUAGCCUAUAAAACAUCAGUUAUCAUAUCUGAAAAAGGGUCUUCUUCUCCAAAAGUCAAAGCAACGAUGUAUAGGAUUUUUUUUUCCUAUUUAUGGCAAACAAAUGACUGUUAUCCCGCUGUUGUUUGGCAAAUUCUAAUAAAAACAAAGUGUCAUAUCACCUUCGCUGAA